UUGAUUUUGGCAGUCCGCAGGAGAAAUUUGGCUGGAGGAAGAAGGCAGCGUACACGCCUCAGAAGAUGGAUAAGAAGCAGCAACUUUUCAUUUACACAGCUGCAGCGCAUAUGUUACUUUCAAUGAUGGCCAUGAUUAUUCAAUCUAGAAAAAGAAAACGCCGUGAACCUGUAGCUUACAUACAGGGUUGGCUGGAGGUGCCGUCGCUGUCCCUCCCCAUCCGUCUCCUCCCCUCCCUCUCUGGGGGACUGCCUUGGUCGCCGGCGGACGGCACCGCAGGAGGCAGCUGCUAAUCGCCGCGUCUGCUCGGCGUUGCGGCGCCGGGUCGUCUCCUGCAAUUCUGCGGCGGAUUGUCGUGUCCUGCACUCUGCGAGGCGGGCAGCGUUGUCGGGUCUCGGGGCGGGGACAGUGCAGCCGCUGUUCUUGCGCCGGAGUUGCCGCUCAGUUUACAUAACUUACGUGUGGUGCCUGCCUAGAAAGUGGAAAAAAUAGAAUACAUAGUGGAAGAUGAGACCAGUAGUUCGGUCCCUCCGGCAGCUCCGCCGUUUCACCCAGCACCAUGGAAAGAGGCAUUCAUCAGCAACCAGAUUGAUCAGGCAGCAGAAUGCUUUGAUCAUGUGCAGUUCGACAUCCCGUUCACUGAGCACACUACAUCGUACUGGUGAAAUUAGCCGAUUUGCAAGUCCAGGUGUGGAGCUAAUGAGGUCCAUGUUCUACACUGUAGCUGCUGAUUCAAUCAAAGAUACUGGAAGAGGUGGUCCGAUGGCGGAAUACGAGAGGAGAAUAGCAUCAGGAGAGCUUGUAGAUGGCGAUAGCUUUCAGCUUGACACAAUUCAACAAUUACAAAGGCUAUAUGAGGAGUUGAUUGAGAAUGAAGAAGACUGCCAGCUGGAUAGAUAUAAGUCAUCUGAGAAAUCAGGACGGAGUCGAUGGCUAUGGUCCCGCCUCAUUACCCAGCCUUCUACCUAUGCUCCAGUUAAGGGGCUGUACCUGUAUGGAGGUGUUGGUACAGGGAAGACCAUGCUUAUGGACCUGUUCUAUAAACAACUGCCAUCUAAUUGGAGAAAAAGACGUAUUCACUUCCAUGAUUUUAUGUUGAAUGUACAUAGUCGUCUUCAGAUGCAUAAAGGAGUUUCAGAUCCCCUUGAUGUUGUAGCAGCCGAGAUUUCAGAUGAGGCUAUCGUAUUAUGUCUUGAUGAGUUUAUGGUAACUGACGUUGCAGAUGCUAUGAUUCUGAACCGGCUGUUCAGACAAUUGUUCAGCAAAGGCGUUAUUCUUGUUUCGACUUCUAACCGCGCUCCUGAUAAGCUUUAUGAAGGUGGCUUACAACGGGACCUUUUCUUGCCAUUCAUUGACACCUUGAAAGAAAGGUGCAUCGUGCACCCCAUUGGAUCUGCAGUAGACUAUCGUCAAUUGGGUUCUGCUGAGCAAGGUUUCUAUUUGGUUGGGAAACAUUACAGUACACUUCUGAAACAGAAGCUCCAAUCUUUAAAUGGAGAUGAGGAACCCAGACCACAAACUGUUGAAGUAAUUAUGGGAAGGAAAUUACAGGUUCCCCUUGGAGCAAAUGGUUGUGCAUAUUUUCCAUUUGAAGAUCUUUGUGAUAGACCUUUAGGUGCAGCAGAUUACUUUGGACUCUUUAAAAAAUUUCACACCCUGGCACUUGAUGGGGUUCCAAAGUUUGGAUCUAGUAACAGAACAUCAGCUUAUCGGUUUGUCACACUGGUUGAUGUUAUGUAUGAGAACAAAGCAAGGUUAUUGUGCACAGCCGAGGCAGGACCGAUAGAACUGUUUGAGAAUAUUGUGACUGUUGCUGAAGCACACAAGAUUUCACCUAGAUCUUCACGCUCACAGAAAAGCGAUGACCCUGACCUAUGUGUGGACAACGAGCUUGGAUUUGCAAAGGAUCGUACCAUUAGCAGGUUGACAGAGAUCAACAGUAGGGAAUACUUGGAGGACUUUGAAGCGAGAUUGCGGCAGCACCAGCAGCAACCGCAGCCCUUGCAAGCUGUAGAUAAUUCUGAUGUUGUACUAGCAUAAUAAGCAGCAGCCUUCUGUGCCUCACAUUUGGAAUUCGUCUUGUACUCACCCCACCAUGUAAAUGUGCAAUAAGCUAUGUAAGAAUAUUUUUGCGAACGGGUGGGUGAUCCAUAAAAUUACUCAUCUAUAUUGAAUUUCUGAAAGAAAAAUGUAUUGUAUCUCACAUGUAACGCAGACCUUCAGAGAGGCCUACGCUCAAAAACGUGUUGGCCCUCA